AUGAUGAUGUGUAGCGCCAUGAACGUGAAGGAUGCCACUCCUGAAGUGCAGCAAAUCUGCUAUAAAAUGAAGCCACAUGCUGGAAAGAAGUUUGAUGUUUUCGUUGUCAAAACAUUCACAACACAAGUUGUGGUGGAGACCAACUUCUUCACUCAGGUCCAUGUUGGUGGAGAUGAAUUUAUGCACCUGCUCGUCCAUAAAACACUACCCCACGCUGGCGGGAACCUGGAGCUGCAUGGAAUCUAG